AAAUCCGGCAUAAUCUACGAGGCGUCAAAGCUGGAGGGUAAGGGGCGCCUGGUGUAUGUCACACAGGGAGAGUACUCCAGGGUGAUGGACUCCCUCGUCAGGCGAGGACGGCAUCUUCUCUUCGAUGUGGGCAUCUCUCUCAGGAACCUGAUUGCCAAGGACUAUUCGCUGACAGGCAGGUGCGACUUCUACACCUCGAGGGAGACCUACCUGGCCUUCUCAUCUUCUCUCAUCAGCCAGAGGAAUAAUCCUAUUGUGCCAGCAGUUAAAUACAGAAUGUUGGCCUUGGUGGAGUUCGGGAUUUUUGAGCGUUGGUUUAAGACAAGUGUUCCCAACUCGACGGUGUGUCUUCGUCCGCCUCUAAAAUACGCCGUCCAGAAUUCUCUUAACCUCACAAACCUCUGGGGAAUGUUCGUGGUCCUGACGGGAGGGAUGGCCGCGAGUCUCGUGGUGCUGGUCACGGAGGUUCUCACCUCGCGGGGCCUUCACUGCUACACUACACAUUACCCAAGAUUUUAACUCCGACCACAGAGUAUAGACUCUUACCACAAGGUUGAGGACGACUGGGACCACAAGGCUGAGGACGACUGGGACCACUAGGCUGAGGACGACUGGGACCACAAGGCUGAGGACGACUGGGACCACUAGGCUGAGGACGACUGGGACCACAAAGCUGAGGACGACUGGGACCACUAGGCUGAGGACGACUGGGACCACAAGGCUGAGGACGACUGGGACCACAAGGCUGAGGACGACUGGGACCACAAGGCUGAGGACGACUGGGACCACAAGGCUGAGGACGACUGGGACCACUAGGCUGAAGACGACUGGGACCACUAGGCUGAGGACGACUGGGACCACAAGGCUGAGGACGACUGGGACCACAAGGCUGAGGACGACUAGGACCACAAGGCUGAGAACGACUGGGACCACUAGGCUAAGGACGACUGGGACCACAAGGCUGAGGACGACUGGGACCACUAGGCUGAGGACGACUGGGACCACUAGGCUGAGGACGACUGGGACCACAAGGCUGAGGACGACUGGGACCACAAGGCUGAGGACGACUGGGACCACAAGGCUGAAGACGACUGGGACCACAAGGCUGAGGACGACUGGGACCACAAGGCUGAGGACGACUGGGACCACAAGGCAGAGCAAGACUGUGAAUAUAAACAUGUAUAUCUAUAAAAGGCUUAUGUCUGUCUGUAUGUCAGCUCUAGGAUCAGCACCAGCUGCUUGUAGCUAGACUUACCAAACUGUUUAGGGUGAUCAGUGAAUGUAUACCUUGGGUCGUAGGGUGGGUCCGUCAUGACCUUAUGCUCCACAGCAUCACUGGAAUCCAUAGCCUGGCCAAAGUCAAUAAUUGUCUAAGGUUUAAAUAAAGGCUAGCAAAAAUAUUCCAGUUUACUGGGGUAUAUGACAUAGGUCACUAUGAAACAAUAAGAAAACUACAGUUCUCUACCAAUCACAUUCUAUCACAUUAUGCACCUUCGUAAAGCUCUUCGAAACCAUCAACAGGCCUGAAAAAUGCAUACCCUCGGCACUAGCAGACACCAGGCUUUAUCCUAGAGCAGUAGUACCCUAGCCCCUAGUAUGCUGCAAAUAUAAUUACAGGAUGGUGGUGUCACAUUAACCAGUGAGGUUGAGGAAUCAAGAAAAUAACACAG